UAAUCGUUUUAGGAAGACAUAAAGUUAUAUUGUGUGGGUGCAUGUAGAGAAUCAUACCUCCAAUGCCUACACAAAGCACACUAAGCAAAAUUGACUUCAAAAUUCACAAAAUCUCUCCCCCCUCUUUCUCUCUCUAAAGCACUGCACUUUCUCUCUCUAGAAAAAAAUCAUUACAUACACUAAACACUAUAUAUAUUCACACACAAAAACCCUAGUUCCUCCGCGAUCCUCCUCCAUCGACGACGGCGAACGUAUCCCGGAGCUCCGAUGGACAUUCGCUAAUUCAUUAUCCAACUCCGACGAUUUACUUGUACUGUUUUUCCGUUGAAGUUUUUGCGGAAGGUUCUAGAAGAAAAAUGUAUAAGAAUCAAUUACAGGAACUAGCACAGAGGAGUUGUUUCAAUUUGCCUUCGUAUACUUGUAUUCGUGAAGGUCCGGAUCAUGCGCCGAGAUUUAAGGCGACGGUUAAUUUCAAUGGAGAGGUUUUCGAAAGUCCGAAUUAUUGUUCUACAUUGAGACAAGCGGAGCAUUCUGCUGCUGAAGUUGCGUUGAAUGCGCUGUCGAAUCGUGGACCUUCUAAUUCUCUUGCUGCUAGAAUUUUGGAUGAGACUGGGGUAUAUAAGAAUCUCUUACAGGAAGUUUCACAAAGAGUAGGAGCAUCAUUGCCAGCAUAUACAACAGUUAGAUCUGGUCUAGGACACCUUCCUGUCUUUACCUGCACAGUAGAGUUGGCAGGCGUCGCAUUUACUGGUGAGCCAGCGAAGAAUAAGAAGCAAGCUGAAAAGAAUGCAGCUAUGGCAGCUUGGUCGUCUCUGAAAUUAUUGGCACAGCAGUCUGAAACUUCAAAAUCAGACCGAGGAAGGAAUGAUGAGCAAGAGCAUGUAACUGUUGCACGUGCACUACAAAGGUACAUUUUCAAGGCAAGGGUGGCUAGAGUACCAUUCCCCAUUAAAUUUCCGACAGCCAGUCCAAGACCAACUAAUGUACAGCAGCUUCCAUCUACUACGUCAAAACUUCUUCCCCUAAUAUGUCCAAGAACGGCUCCUCGCAGUAGACCAGUCAGUCCGUUAUGUCUAAAACCUACUUCUCAAAGUAGACCCAUCGAUAGUACAGGAAGUGACGCACCACUGAGUCCAAGGACAGCUCAAACCAUAAAUAAUAUUUUAAAGGACAGCUUCAUUAUGGAUAAUCACAGGGUUCGACCAGAGAAGUUCCCUGCUGCUGGUGCAGCACCAUAUAUUCCUGUCAGGCAUUUUGGCCCACACCAUCGGAUGGCUCCUCCGGUGACCAUACGGAAUGCAAUUCCUGCUUUCUCUGCACCACCACUUUCUCAAUCAUCUCAGUCUCCUAGGGUGAUGAGGCCUCCAGGUCUGAGAGUGGCACCACCUGUCUGUAUAAGACAAGCAGUGCCAGUUUAUGCUGCACCCCCUGUUCGGGCAGAGGAGCUCCCCAAAUUAGAUAGGGCGAUGAUGAGGCAUCCAGGUAUGGGAGUGGCACCACCUGUCUGUAUGAGACAGGCAGUGCCAGUUUAUGCUGCAUCACCUGUACGAGCAGAGGAGCCAACCAGUUUAGAUACAGCGCUUCAAGUAAAGGAGCCUACAUUUUCUAAAGCUCCAUCUGUUAAAGUUGACGAACCGCUAGCUUUGAAGACACCCGAAAUUCAGGUACAGGAAUUACCAACUUGUGAAGCGGUGAUAGGCGAGGCUGAAUUGCUGCAUGAUCUUUCUGAAGAAAAAUCACGUUCUCAAGUCCAACAAACUAAGGGAGAGGAGCCAACUGACAUUGAAGUUUCAAGGAGCGUGACAAUGCCAGCGGAUGGUACCAAGAUUGCAGCGGAGGAGAAGCCACAUGACUCUCUGGAGAUUGAGAAUCUGAAACGGCUAAACAUUUGAUGUGAUGUCGGGAGUGGCAUAUUACAAACUAUGAAACCUUUAGUAAGCUUUUGUUCUGCCCUUCUGGGUUUUAGUUUGCAAGUGUCAAUGUAGUCUCAAAUAUAUCAGCUCCUUUCACAUUUUUCAUUUGGAAUAGUUUUAUUGAGAUAGAUGUUGCUACA